GUAAGCCAGGCAGUCAUUUCUUGGUCGCGGUGGGAGAGGUAUUGCCAAACCACGAUUUUCCGAGACUUCUCCCAUCGCGACUUUAUUCGGUCCCUUAAAACACCAUAUUCCAGCUUCAUUUUGACGUUAAACAAGUCAUCUCGUCCACUUUGGUACAAUGCCGGAGCUCGAGGAAGACCAGUUCGAGGACACGGAGUCUUCCCUGCUGGCCUCCGAGCAAUGCAACAGACACUUCCAGUCCUCCAGCGGGGCCUUGGACGUCCCGGUGUUGAAGGCACUCCCACGCAAUGACUGGCCGCGCAGGGGUAAGAGGAAGGGCUAUGGCACGUUAGGGAAGCAGGAAGGCAUAACCCUGACCUGGCAUGAUCUGACCGUGUACGUGCCGGAGAAAAAGUCUUGCUUCAGGAGGAACACGAACGUCAAGCCAACCGUCACCAAGGUCCUCAACAACGUGUUCGGCGCAGUUCGUCCCGGCAGUCUGUUGGCGAUGAUGGGGGCGAGCGGUGCCGGGAAGACCACCCUGAUGAACGCCCUGGCCCACCGAACGGCCGGGCGCGUGGUGGUGGAGGGGGACAUUCUAGUGAACGGCCACCGCGUCAACCCCGCUAUCUCCACGCUGGCGGGCUACGUUCACCAGCACGACCUCUUCCUCGGCUCCCUCACCGUCAACGAACACCUGACCUUCAUGACUCGGCUGAAAAUGGACCGCCGCAGCACGCAGAUACAGCGAGAGAAACGCGUCAAAGAACUACUGACGGACCUGGGACUCCUGGAUGUGCAGAACUCCCGUAUCGGCGUCCCCGGCACCGACAAGUCCCUCUCAGGCGGCGAACGGAAGAGACUCGCCUUCGCCACAGAGAUCCUAACCGACCCUCCUCUGCUGUUCUGCGACGAGCCUGCCACCGGCCUGGACUCCUUCAACGCCAAGAUCAUGGUCAAGAUUAUGAAGGACAUGGCCACGCGGGGCAAGACCAUCCUCUGCACCAUCCACCAGCCGUCCUCGGAGAUCUUUGCCAUGUUCGACCGGCUGCUGCUCCUGGCCGAGGGACGCGUCGCUUACAUGGGCUCGUCUGUCGGGGCGCUGGAGUUCUUUGAGAGCCUCGGCCACAAGUGUCCCUCCAAGUUCAACCCCGCCGACUACUACAUCCACACGCUCGCCGUCUUCCCCGGCCACGAGAAUCGCUCCAUGGACCGCAUCGAGCGUAUCUGCGACAGCUACACGACGUCAUCUUACUGCAAGAGCAUCGAGAUGGUGAUCCUCCAGCAGGACAACAGACACCUCUUCAACCUGGAGUCUGGGAGCAGUUUCGAAGACGAGUCAUUCCACAGAAACACUCCGGAGAAGCCUGGGUGGCCGGUGCAGCUGUGGUGGCUGACGUGGCGCGCGCUGCUCGACUCCUACAGGAACCCUUCCGUCCACUACAUCAGGAUGAUCAAGAAAAUCAUCGCCGCCCUCAUUAUCGGUCUGAGCUACACGAAGGUCCAGCUCAACCAGGCGGGGAUCCAGGACAUCGAGGGCGUGCUGUUCCUCUUCGUGACCCAGAACGCCUUUCCGGCCAUCUACGGCGUGCUCAACCUCUUCCCCCUCGAGAUGCCGCUAUUCUUCCGAGAGUACAAGAACGGCAUCUACCGCUCCGAUACUUACUACAUAUCCAAGAUGGUCUCACAGAUCCCCGGGUUCGUCGUGGACCCCGUGGUGUUCUGCCUCAUCUGUUACUGGGUGGUGGGCCUCCAGAGACACUUCUACCACUUCUCCAUCACCGUCCUCGUCACCGUGGCCAACGCCGUCACCGCUUCGGCCUGUGGGUCAAUGGUGUCCACGACCUUUGAGAACCUGCCCAACAUCAUGCUCUUCCUCCUCCCCUUCCAGCUGAUCCUCCUCAUCUACGGCGGCCUCUUCAUGAACCUCAGGUCUAUGCCGCUGUACAUCGGGUGGGCGAAGUACUUCUCGUGGUUCAUGUACAGCAACGAGGCGCUCACCAUCACGCAGUGGAAGGACAUCAAAAACAUCACCUGCGAGAUGCCUCCGGGGGUGCCCUGUCUCCGCACGGGCGUCCAGGUCAUCGAGAAAUACGCCUUCCACAAAUCGCACCUCUCGGCCGACUUCGCCUUGAUGGGUCUGCUCUACUGCGGCUUCCACUUCCUCGGCUUUCUGGCUCUCCACCUCAGGGCCAAGAAGAAGUAGAAUCAUCCUGGCAUUUAGAGAUUCAAAGCCUUUUACAUGUAGAGAGGAAAAGACACCAAAUGGGAUCGUAUUCUCAGAUGUUUUGGGGUCUACACACAAUGACCCACGUGUGAUAAGGCUUUCGUAGAGGUCGUUGUGGUAGUUUUAUGAGUCUGGGGCACCGUUGCCAGAUUGUCGUGCUCAGAGCAUAGUAUUUACCGGUUUCUGACUCCUAACUAUUGCCAAGAAACAUCAGAAUCUAACUCUUUUAACGAUAACUAUAAAUGGGUUUCGUUAUUGGAGCCCAGAAGACAGUGUAGGGGUAGGAAGUCGGGAAAUGUAAGCGGCUGAGUACGACAAUCUGGCAACGUUGGACUCUGGGGCCGAAUUCAUCAAGCUACUUACGAGACCUGUUGUUAGUAAGUCUUCUGGUAACUCCAUCCGCCAUGAACGCUCGUGAUCUUCAGGCGACUCCGAUGGCAAUGGACGAAGUGACAGCUUGGUCGGCACUUCAUUCAUCGUCAUCGGAGUCGCUUAAGGAUCGUUCGUAGUGGACAGAUUUACCAGAAGACUUACCAACGACAGGUCUUGCUUGAUGAAUCCGGGCCCUUGGUGAUGAUUUAAUAAGGAUUCUGUACCAUGAACGUGAAAAACAGACAUGAGAACCCGACUCAUCUCCUUUGUGACCUUGGGAGCUUGUUUUGUGAGAGUCGAAAGCGUCUGAGAAUACUGGCCCUGACCAAUGUCAAUAUAAGCAAUGUCGGGACACGCGCAUCGGGGGGGAGGGAGUAUGGGGGAGGGAUGGGAGGUAUAGCUGUGGCGUAUCAUGGGGUGGCGAUAACUGAAAAUGGAUGAAGUAAUGCUUGAGCAGACACUACAGUAAAAUGUCAACUUUCAACGUUUAUUUAGUUCUUACAUUAUUUUUUUUUACCACACUAAAUGCAAUGUUAUGGGAUUUUUUUAUUGUGAAGAUUUGGUAAUUGGUUAAUUUUCAUGACGAUCAAGAAUCGAUCGAUUUAACAAUUCGUUUAUGAAAAGUUAGGAUGGAAAACUUGUCUAACGAUAGACUUAUAUGGCUUCCUUUCUCUUCACAUGGGUUUCAUAAUUCAGUAAACAUGAGGAUAAAGUAGGACAUCUUACUACAACAAUUAUAAUUAUAAAACUCUUUGGGCCCAGCCAUUUAUUACAACCAUAGGCGGCGGGGGAGGGCGGCUCUUAGGGCUUGAGCCCCAGAUCUUUCAUCAAAAGCCCCAGAUCUUUUUUAAGGUUGUUAAAGGUGUUGAGAUAUACCUACUAUAUAUUUUUUUAAAUUAAUUCAUUAUACAGUAACUUGAUUCUUGUGUAGGACGUAUCAUAAAUUAAUAUUGUCUUUAUACCAAAGUCCGUUAAGUCCCCAGAAGUCACUAUCUAUGGGGUGGUUUUUAAUUUUUUUCCCCAGGGGAGCAAACACCCGGACCCCUCCCCUUUGUCAGACAGGGGUUAAGACCCCGAUGUCUACAAUGUCUAGCAGCGCCCCUGAUUACAGCAGAGGAUAUUAUCUGAUGUUGCACCAGACAGGCUAUAUUUUUUAGUGACAUCACUGUCAUCGUAAAUCUG